CUUUUGGGCGAAACAAUUAUUAGAUAAUUCUGACGGUAUAAUUUGGGAGGAGAUGGCAUUAUAUAACAUAUGUAUAUUGUCCUAAUUUCUAAACAAAACAAAAAAGAAUGGUGUUCCGCUUGCUUUUCUUGAUCAAAUUUCUUAUUGUAUUGUCUCUUACAGUAAUUUUGAUUCAUGGGCAAGACCAAACAGGUUUCAUCAGCCUUGAUUGCGGCUUACCAGAGAAAACCAACUAUACAGAUGAAGACACAGGAUUAAACUAUAUUUCCGAUGCAUCGUUCGUCGAAACAGGCAUCAGUAAGAUUGUUUUACGUGAAAUCGCCUUUCGUCGGCCCUUAGAGCAUGUUAGAAGCUUUCCUGACGGUGUUAGAAACUGUUACAAUGUGGAAGUUGUAAAAGACACAAAGUAUUUGAUCAGGGCUGUUUUCUUGUACGGAAAUUAUGACGGUUUAACUAAGAUACCAGAAUUUGAUCUGUAUAUUGGACCUAAUAAGUGGGUAAAUCUGGAAAUGGACGACACAACUUCGAUUUUUAGAGAGGAGUUAAUUCAUGUUCCGAAGUUUAACCUCGUAAGUGUUUGUCUCGUAAAAACCGGAUCGGGGACACCUUUCAUAUCAGCAUUAGAGAUAAGGCCUCUGGAUAAAGGAUUGUACACCACUGUAUCUGGAUCUCUGUCACUCUGGAAUCGAAGAAAUAUCGGCUCAGCAACCGAUGAAAUUGUCAGGUUUCCUGAUGAUGUGUUCGAUCGUGUUUGGUAUUCCUAUAAUUUGGACGGAGCAACGAACAUAACUACCAAUGAAACCAUCGAAUUCGAUAACUUGUUCAGGCCACCAUCAACUGUCAUGACCAGUGCUUCCAUCCCUACCAACAAGAGUGCACCCUUGGAACUCUCUUUAGGAACUUAUGGUAAUAUCUACCAAUUUUAUGUUUACUUGCACUUUGCUGAAAUUGUAAAGCUUGAACCGAACCAAACCCGCAUUUUCAACAUUUCUUUGGGUGAGGAAAACUGGUACGGACCUCUUACACCUACAUACUUAACUUCGACGACUAUCCAUAAUGUAGAGUACCCCUUGGAUCAAGGAGACUACGACUUCUCCUUGUUUAAAACUGGAAAUUCAAACCAGCCACCUCUCCUCAACGCCUAUGAAACUUACGUCCUUGUUGACCUCUCACAAUUGCAAACACAUCAAGACGACGUUGAUGCUAUCCUGAAAAUCAAGUCAACAAAUAAAAUAUCAAGAAACUGGCAAGGAGAUCCUUGUGCUCCACAGGAUUAUAUAUGGCAAGGUGUUAAUUGCACCUACAGUAAUACCAGCUCACCACCUGUGAUCAUAUCUUUAGACUUGUCCUCCAGUGAAUUGACAGGGGAGAUACCUUCUGAUAUAUUCAAUUUGAAAUCGCUAGAAACUCUGGAUUUAUCUAACAACAAUUUAACUGGAUCAGUGCCAUAUUUUCUCACUAAAUUGCCCUUGAAAUCCCUGAACUUGGCAGGAAACAGUCUAAUAGGUACAAUUCCAGCAGAUCUCUGGGAUAAAUCGCAACGAGGUUUACUGUUGCUGAAAAUCGACGGAAAUCCAAAUCUCUGUAUAUCAAAUUCCUGCAACAAAAAAAAGAAAAAAAUGAAUGUUACAGUUCCUGUUGCAGCCGCCAUUGCUGGAGUUAUCAUUUUAGUUGGCCUGGCAAUGAUUUUAUGGAGGCUGAAACGAAAGAAGAAGCAAGUUGAAUCUGAGCCAAGGAAGAUAGAAGCUGAAACGAGGAGAGAAGUACUCGAGUUGAAAAAACGACAAUUCACAAUUUCUGAGGUCGAGCAGAUGACAAAUGAUUUUCAGAGGAUCCUUGGCAGAGGAGGAUUUGGAACAGUUUAUCAUGGUUACUUAGAUAAUCUUGAAGUUGCAGUGAAGAUGCUGUCUCCAUCCUCUGUUCAAGGGUAUAAGGAGUUCCAGGCUGAGGUUAAUCUUCUUUUGAGAGUUCAUCAUAAGAACCUGACGUCCCUUGUCGGAUAUUGCGAGGAAGGGAACAACAUGGCGCUAAUAUAUGAGUACAUGUCUAAUGGAAAUCUAAGAGAUCAUCUAUUAGAUGGCAGAACAAAAGUUUUCAGUUGGGAGGGUAGACUUCAGAUAGCCCUUGAGUCAGCACAAGGAUUGGAGUAUCUUCAUAAUGGCUGCAAACCACCAAUUAUACACAGAGACGUGAAGACUACAAACAUUUUAUUGAGCAAUAACUUCCAAGCAAAACUGGCUGAUUUUGGCCUGUCGAGAACAUGUCCAGUCGAAGGUGGCUCUCAUGUGUCAACCGCAGUUGCUGGCACUCCUGGCUACCUUGAUCUUGAGUACUACGGAAGCAGCUGGUUAACGGAGAAAAGCGAUGUGUUUAGCUUUGGAGUAGUUCUGUUAGAGAUAAUCACAAGCAGAGAAGUAAUUUCAAGAACUCGAGAAAAGGCACAUCUAAGUGAAUGGGUUAGCUCAAUGGUGAAAAAUGGAGACAUUCUAGGUGUUGUCGAUUCAAGAUUAGGCGAACAGUUCGACGUUGAUUCAGUGCAGAAAGUGGUUGAAUUAGCGAUGGUUUGUGUAUCCGCAACUUCGGCAGAUAGGCCAACUAUGACUCAAGUAGUCAUAAAAUUGAAUGAAUGUUUAGCAAUAGAGGUUGCAAGAACAAGGGAUGGAUAUAGCUCUCAAUCCAAAUCUUCUGUUGAAUUGAUGACUAUGCCUACGCAUAGCGGACUAACUCCGCUAGUUCCAAGAUAGGUUUUUUGGUGCGGGUGUGUAUGCGAAAUUGGAGUUUUCUGAAGGAAAUGGAUAAAAAUAAAAAUAAUGGCAGUUCCGUAAUUCAGCUGAAGCUUGAAGUAUGUGAUUUAGGCGAUUUUCGUCGCUUUUGGGCAAUUUAAUCGUUUAGACUUUCAAAAUUGCAAUUUGUACUUCUAAUUAAUUAUGCUUAUUUUUAAUUAUUUU